AUGUCCUCAGAUCCUGCCUCGACUUCUUCCCAAAACAGCGAUCAAGUUUUACAAGAUUUGCGUGCCAAAUUGGCUGAUUUGGAGACCAGGUGCCAAAGUCUUGACGAGAUGAAAACCGAAAAUGAAACCUUGAAGAGCAAUUUGGAGAAGUUGCAAAAUGAAAAAGACGAAGCCAGCAAGGAAUUUACUACCACUAUCCAGAACCUGGAGCGGGAAGUCACGAAAUUGAAGGAUGACAAGGUGUACUUGAAUAAAACUCUUACAGACAUGGAGGAAAAAAAUGCUGUCAAGCAGGAGGAACUAGAAAGGUUGCGAGAAGAUAUCCAAUCUUUGCAAGCGUCCGUACAAAAUCAGAUAGACCUACAGAAUAGUUUAAGUGACUUGGAAUCUGCAAAAAGUGUCCAAAAAGAUGAGCAGUAUGAAAAACUAUCAGCCGAGAAUUGCCAACUCCAAUCAAAACUUCAAGAAGUCUCAUCGAUAACAAAUAUGUUUGAAAACUUAAAACAAGAGAACAUAGAACUUACAGAAAAACUGAAAUCUUUAGAAGAAAAAUACGAAAACACUGAACGCUCUGUAGAGUCCAAAAUAUCAAAUUUAAACCAAGAAAUAGAUUUACACAUCGAGAGGAUAAAGUACUUAGAAGAAAAAUGUAAAGAUUACGAUUCUAUCAAAAAAAUUAACGUAGAAUUAAACAAGGAAACUCAGGAGUUGACGAGGAAGAUCAGCGAGUUGGAUGUAUCUCAAAAUGCUUCUGGAGGCGAAAAGAAGCAAAAUCAAAAUACUGAAGUCGAGGUUAAGUUGGCACAAAUUAUGAAAGAAGUCGAUGAGGUUUUCAAAUAA